AUGGAAGAGAUAGAGGACCUAGUUACCGAGACAGGUUGGCAGCAGAAAUGUAACCAUAAACCAGGGGCUGGAUUAUGUGAUCCUCAGCUCUCUCUGAAGGCUUCUUUGGCCAAGGAAUUAGCUGGACGGAGACCUCAGGCCCUCUACUACAAGGUUGCUCCUUUUCUGGUUUUUGGGAUUUCUGAAGGUGGUAAUUUGCUUGCUUUGAGACUUGAGCUGCAUGGAGUUAUAAGGCAGCCCAAAGCCUUCCUGCAAGCAUGUGGCAUCUCAGAUUUGUUGAAAAGAAAUUCAUGGUUAUCAUAUUCAGUUGAAGAACGAAAUCCAAUGUUGCAUACUGGAGUCAUAUAUACAGGAUAUGCUACACAGCAUGGCAUUGGUGGCUGCCAGCCAAGAAUGUCCUACAGGUAUCGAUUAAAGGUCACUAGCCCUAAAGGAGCUUUUGCUUAUAGUCCAGUUAUCUCUGUGUUCCCUAUUAGAAUGUACAAAAAGAGACAGAAGAAUGGAAGUGGAAAAGACAGCCUGAUGUUAGCUGCUUUUGCUGGUCACCUGGAUAUGGUUAAGUACCUGAGAUCAAAGGGUGCUUCUUGGGAAGCCAGAGAUCAGGGUGGCAGUACAGAUUUGCCCUGGGCUGCAGGCGGAGGACAUUGUCAUGUUAUUGAACGGAUGAUUGAUGAUGGCUGUAAUGUAGGUGUUUUACCUAUACCUAUACAUUUAGCAGAGAAGUCAGCAUUGUCCCAAAUGUGA